AUGUUGUUAUGUGUAGACCAGAGGGAACGGCCUAGCCCCGGGAAGAUCAGCCUACAAAAAGGAAUGACGAUGCGUAUGCAUCACCCACAAAGAACGCACCCUGAAGAGCACCAACAGCGCAGCAUAGCGUCCCAUACGCCCCGGUACAACACCCUCCGACAGCACCUUCCCCCCGCCAGCCCCACGAACCAGCUCCCCUCCCCGCCUCCCGUCGUCGUUCCUCAAUCUUGGCAGCGCGGACACGUCAUCGCCCGUGAGGCCCUGGCUAGCCCUGCUUAUGGGGUCGUCUUGGAGCAAUGCGGCGGGCAGGAUUCGACCGCGUACAACGCGCUGUAUGUCGUUGGCCAGAUGGACAUGACGGAGGAAGAGAAGAAGCCGAUUUCCUUUUUCGGCCAGACGGUGGUUGUUCCCGAUCGCCACCGUCCACCGCGCGUGGACACUGACUUGGGCGCGUUCAUUGCUUUAAGGGGCUGGAAUGGCCCCAUCCGUGGCAUACCUCGACUCCUGCUGGAGCUUCCCGUUGCAGCGCAAAGAUACACAGCCGCCACCUCCUUUCUUCUUCCCCCCGCCUCUUUUGCAGCAAUGUCCUCUCCACCGCAAGCAACGCAUAAUAUCAAGAUCUGUCUUGUCGGCGACCUCGACGUCGGAAAGGCGUACGUUCUGCACAGCGCGGAAAGAACACUCACUCUUGAGGAUGCAGUCAUGCGGCGCUUCACCGAGAACGUCUUUGCCCCCACGCAGUCUCCGACGAUCGGUGUCGGGUUUGCGGUUCGGCCCCUUGAUAUUGAGGGGAAGCGCAUAACAGCACGAAUCUCCACGCGUCCGAGUUCGGGAAGAUUUCUCCUGCGGAGCUUCUGCUACACUGCAUUGAGCGUCUGCUUCGUCUACGACAUCUCCCAGCGGCGCAGCUUUCCAAGCAUCGAGAGCACCUGGCUCGGGGAGGUAUCGGAGAACAUGCCCUCAUCCCCGACACCGCCGCCGGUGCACCUCUACCUCAUUGGAAACAAGAGCGACCCCGACGCCCAACGGGAAGUCUCCUCCGCGGAAGGUGCUGAGCUGGCGGCGCGCUGCAAUAUGGUGUUCGCUGAAACGAGUGCGCUGGACUCUAGGGUUAGGUUAGGGUUAGUGCCGCCAGUGAGCGCUGACCAAGGAGCGGCCAGCCGAUGCGCGGCGGCACCGUGCGCCUACCGUCGGUUGGCCUACGGAUGGGAGUCAUGGGACGGCUUGGCGGCCACCGAGGCACGUAGGAAAAGCAGACAUAUAACUCUGCCACCUUCGGACAACGCUCAGAAGGUUAGUCGUAUGGAAGCCCACGCCUGUUUGUCGGGCGUGCCAAGCAGGACAAACGGGCGUGCCAAGCCGACCGAUGGGCGUGGCACGCCUGAUGGACGGGCGUGGGCUUUGAUCGCCCGCCAAAACCCACGCCCACGCCCAUCCACGCCCGUUGGCGCAGGCCCACGCCCAUCGGGCACGCCCAAAAGUGCACUCUCCUCGGACGGGAGUGGGGUCGAGCAUUUCUUCACGACUGUCGUCACUCGUGGGUUGUCAUCUUUUUGCUAUCCCUGCGGCACUUUCGUGACACUGACUCUUGACUCCGACUGGGUCGACGAGCUGGGGCCCUAA